CACCGUAGUCGCGCGAUGCACCCCGCCACGCUCGGUCCCGCACUCGGAGGCGCCGCCGGUCGUCGUACGUUUCGCUUUCGUCGAGCAUUGUCCUACCCCGAUGAUACGUUUGGCGGUCGAAGGGUGGCGGUGAGUCCCGACAAAGAGCACCUUGUUUGCCGAGGAUCUCGUCCAGCCGAUGACGCUCGCGAGUUCUUCCUAAUUGGGAAUACGCGACGAAUGAUCUCGGGGAUCGAGUCGUCGCCAUAUUGCUGAGACACGACAACCAUCCCGAAGCGCGUUUCGCAACGCGGUGCAGUGCAACGAUACGGUGCGGUGGUGAUAUGGUGGUGGAUGUUUCGUACGUUCCGAAGUUGUUUUUUGACAAUGGCCGCCGGUAGCGAGAUCGCGCGAUAACCCCGGCAUCGCGGAGGAUCGCCCGUUCGUUUUCUCUUGCGCUCGUGCCUGCGAGGGUCGUUGAACUAGGGAUGUGAGCUACUGAAGGUGGGAUCCUCAGGAACCGUGAGGUCCUCGCAAUGGAGGCAGGACCAAAGCAACAGCAGCCGCCGCAACAGCAACAGCCGCAGCAACAACAGUCGCCUCAGCAGCAACAGCAACAGCAACAGCAGCAGCAAAACUCAUCCGGCAGUGCGACUCAGACUCAGAACCAAGUAACUAUCGGUCCUCAGGGUGGCCUAACGCAGGGUCAAGGUCAGCAGAAUGCGGAGGACGCGCUCGCGGCGGCGGAGAACACCCCCGUUAGUGAGGGUGUUCUUCUCGCUCGGAUCCACGUGCCCGAGCUUUACGUCAGCAAGUGUCUGCAGUUCCCGAAGGAUCAGCUAGUCUGGGACGUGAAGCAGCAAUGCCUGGCGUCCUUGCCCAAGGUGGCCACUUGGUACAGGGAGCUGAAGGAGAGCUUCAAUUACGGCCUCUUCUGCCCGCCGGUAAAUGGAAAAGCCGGGAAAUUCCUGGACGAGGAACGCCGCCUCGGCGAUUAUCCUUUCAAUGGACCUGUCGGGUACUUGGAGCUCAAGUACAAGAGGCGGGUGUACAAGAUGCUGCAUCUGGACGAGAAACAGCUCAAGGCUAUGCACACCAGGACGAAUUUGCGGAGGCUAUUGGACUAUGUGCAGAGCAGCCAGGUCGAGAAGAUCGCGAAGAUGUGCAGCAAGGGGCUGGAUCCUAAUUUCCAUUGUCAGGAAACGGGAGAGACACCGCUAACCUUGGCGACGACCUUAAAAAAGCCGUCCAAGGUAAUAAUUGCAUUGGUCAAUGGCGGCGCUCUGCUGGAUUAUCGAACGAAGGAGGGUUUAACCGCGAUGCACCGCGCUGUCGAACGGAACAGUUUGGAAGCGGUGAAGACACUUUUGGAGCUGGGUGCUAGUCCAAAUUACAAGGAUACCAAGGGCUUGACGCCGCUCUACUACAGCGUCAUUUACAAGACCGACCCGAUGCUUUGCGAGACGUUGCUUCACGAUCACGCGACGAUAGGAGCUCAAGAUCUCCAAGGCUGGCAGGAAGUCCAUCAGGCAUGUCGCAACAAUCUGGUGCAGCAUCUGGACCACCUGCUCUUCUACGGCGCUGACAUGAACGCGCGCAACGCGUCCGGUAACACGCCGUUGCACGUGUGCGCGGUGAAUAACACGGACGCCUCGUGCAUACGUCAGCUACUCUUCAGGGGCGCGCAGAAGGACGCGCUGAAUUACGCGAACCAAACGCCGUACCAAGUCGCGGUGAUCGCAGGCAACAUGGAGCUCGCCGAGGUCAUCAAGAAUUAUCAGUCGGAGGAAGUCGUACCGUUUAAAGGGCCGCCACGCUACAACCCGAAGCGACGCUCGGUGGCCUUCAGCGGCGUCUCCUCGAUGAUGACGACGAGUUGCUCGGCGAGCAAUCUGGGCACCCUCACCAGGAUACCGUCCACCGAACAGCACGCGGUGGCGUCUAACGCCGGUGGUGGCGGUGCCACUGGUACCCUCACCAGAACCAUCUCGGUGGAACAGUACUCGAGUAUCACGCGAGUACCAUCUGCCGAGCAGUAUGCCACCACCGCCGCGGCGACCGUGAGUCUGAACCGAGUACCGUCCACGGAACAACCGUACCCACCACCUCCGUCGUCCGGCACGCUCGUCCGAGUCUCGUCCGAGGAGAAAUACGCGCCGCCUGGAGCUGUGCUGAGCAGAGCCUCGUCCGGCGAGCGUUACGACAUCACCCUGACCAGAGUACCGUCCUCCGAGCAGUACCCGACCGCAAAUACGCUGAUCAGAGUACCGUCCACGGAGCAAUACCCAACCGCCGCAGUGGGCCUGACCAGAGUACCGUCCACAGAUCAGUAUCCCUCCACCGGUGGUGGGAUCGCGAUCGUCGGUCAGAUGACCGAGUCGAGCCACCACGGAAGCCUCGGCAGAGUACCGUCCGUAGAGUCGAGCAGAAACGAUUUACCGAGAAUACCGUCCGAACAAAACGGCCACCGACUGACGUCGGAGUACCAGAGUCCGAAUUCCUUGAGAGAUCCUAACGCGAGAUUGCCAAGCGCCGCGGAGAAUUAUUCAAACUUGAGAAUGGAGGGCCUGACGAGGCUGCAAGAGCAUCGGCUCGAGCUGCAGCAUCGCCUCGAUAUGCAUAGAACGCAGAUGGAGAUGCCGCCGUCGCCGUCGCCGAGCAGCAGGAGUUUAGCGCCUUUCAGCUCGGCCAGCUCGAGCUUGUCCGAAGGCAGCAAUCAGCCAUCCGGCGAAGACUCGGCCAGCAUCGUCACAGACAAGAGCCUCGGCGACACGGCGUCCGAUGUGAUCAGCGACAGUUCCGGGGUGGGAACCUCGCAAUCGGACACGACCAAUUCAUUAUCCAUUCCCGGCACAACGGUGGUCUGCGUGGAGAGCUACAACAGUGGGAUCACUGGCCAUCUGACUAUCAAUCAAGGAGACAUCCUCGAAGUCACCGGUGCCACCGACUGCGGCCUCUUGGAAGGAGUCUUGCGCGGACAGGGUACCGGCCUGUUCCCUGCGCAUUGCGUUCAGGAGGUCCGGCUACGUCACACGAAUAUACCUCUAGGCCCGCAACCGGCGAGAGACGGACGGAAUCGAGUUCUGGGCCGUAGAGAAUCACAGCACAAGUACUUUGCCACCGCGCCCAGAUUAAAGAAACCCGUCACGUCGGAGCCGCGCACUGUUGUUCUUCAUCGUUCGAGGAAAGGCUUCGGCUUCGUAUUGCGCGGCGCCAAGGCCACCUCGCCGCUAAUGGAACUCACACCGUCUGCCAAGUACCCGGCGUUGCAAUAUCUGGACGAUGUCGAUCAAGGAGGCGUGGCCGAUUUAGCAGGUCUCCGAAAAGGAGAUUUUCUCAUUCAAAUUAACGGCGAGGAUGUGACGACGGCCUCCCACGAACACGUGGUCGAUCUGAUAAGAAAAUCGGGAGAGCUGGUACGAAUGACCGUGGUCUCUCCGGUGAUCAGUCUUCCGAAUUCUCAAUCGGCGGCCGCGUUGCCAACUAGUCAACCGAUUCAGAGACAAUACGCAACCUUGCCGCGCAAGGGCAAUAACAAUGUGGUGAUCGGCGGUACACUCGGCAGGUCUCCAGCUCCCAUACCGCCACGAAGAGAUCCGAAGACCACGCUAAGCGUGGGACGCGCGAGGGCACGAUCCAUGGUCGCGGGACUAGAAGGAGGCGGCGAAAGGGACGACCGUGACGAAAUCGCGUCGACUGGUGCGAAGUCGAGCAGCGCAGAAUCGAUUCACAUGCCGCAGCAGCCGUCGACCGGAUCGAACACCGGCCAGAACACUCCGGUGCAACCGAGAACAGCUAGUAUCCGAUCGCGUCCGACCUCCAGCAGAAUCACUGCCGCGGAACUUGAAGAACUAUUUCAGCGGCAGCAGGGUAGCGCCGGCAGUCAGUACAGCUCGUCCAUGAUGAGCUCCUCUCACUUUCAGACUACUGGUCAGUCUACCAAGUCGCAUCCGUCGUCGCCCGCCAAGACCGGCAGGGUGUACGCGAGCGUGGCGGAGAUGAAGCGCAAGGGCAAAUCUCAAUCGAGAGUACGCUUCUUUGGGGGUUUGGGCGGCGGUUCCGAUCUUCACAGGGAUUUUCAUAGCACGCCGGAUCUCAACGUGCAAGCGCAAGCGUCGUCCGUUCUGGCGCCCAAGUGCCAUAGAAGUCAGGAAGACGUAAACGCUCUGAAUGGUAGAAAUGGUCUUCCACCACCGAAUCAUCCACCGCCGCCUCCACCGGUCGGGCAAGUCAUUAAGGUGAAUAUCGGUGCCAACGUGCCGGACGUCGUUACGCCAGCCUCGGUUUACGAUAACAUGGCGCAUAUCCAGCAAGUCAAAGAACUCGCGGCGGCCACGGUCGAAGGUGGCUACGGAGUGAUGUCGAGCUUCCGGCCGUCGAACAACGCAAAGCUAUAUGCCUCGCCGGAAGACAUGAAGACCGUCGGAUAUCGCUCGCGUAGUUUACCAGCUAAUCGCCCGCAUCUGAGGAAGUCUCACAGUCUACGCAGCGCGCCAAGUAAUACCACGUUCAAGCCUACCGGCAGUCAGCAAGCGUUAAAUACCAACAUUAAUAUGAAUAGUAACAGCAACGGUAACAAUUCAGUCAACAAUCAGUACGCACAGCCGUUGAAGACAACCAGAAGUCACAGCACGGCUGGCAUUCGCGAACAAAAAAAGACGGUUGUGAGCACCAGCUCGUCCGUCACGAAUCUUUCGUCGAUCGUGUCUGGCGCGAAUGGAACGCCCACGCCCUCUUCGGCGCCGCCGAUCCCCGAGCCGGAUUACAGUUUAUCAGAAUCGGAAAACGAUGAGGGCGAGGAUGAGACGGACGAAGAUGGCGAGUCGGAAAUUGCGAAAGAACUGGAAAAGGCAGCGGCACGCGAGAAACUGGAGGCAACGCGAGAGACAUCCGGUAACUCCAAUACAUCUGGCUCGAGCUCCUCGGGCAGCGGCUCGCUGCCGCAUUCGUUCAGCGUUGAAGAAAUUCAGAAAGUGCGCACGCAAUUAAAGUCAUCUAAGAGCCACCCGAACGAUUUUCUACUGCAACAAACGCAACAGUCGCUCGUCGAAGACGGUGAUAAUAGCUCGAGCGGAGUUAGUUCGGAUCAGGAUGUGCCGGUGGGUCCACCGAUGGGUUUCGAUGAUACCGCUGCGCGGAAUCUGGCCAAUCAGGAGAGCAAUCAGCAUUCAACACCGGGAGGCCCGACUCUACUGACCGGUGUCAAUCCGGUUGAAAAGGAAAGCAACCAGACCAAACGACCAGGCUACGGAGGUAGCGGUUUGCUGACCAGGCAUGCGGUCAGCCUAGCACAAUUGCCACCACCGAUCGAAGCCGACGCUGAGGAACAGAACAACGAUCUAUUCGUACCGCCACCGCCGGAGUUCAACGCUGGCCCAUCCGCCGGAGGCCAAGACCACGAAGUAGUGGUAUUUGCACCGCCGCCGCAGUUCUGCGAUAACAAACAGCAACAGCAGCAGCAGCAGACCGCGGCGCAAAAUCGUGUCAAGAUAAUCGGCGCGAUUCCCAAGGCUGCCGGGAAUCAGGUGAAGGCGUCGGGCGGUCGAUUGCCAUAGAGAGGAAAUUACAGGAUGAUUGAUUUAUUCGUAUAUUACUUCCCGACAAGGCGAACAAAAGAGAAUUUGUAACACGUACAUCGCGAUUUCGAAGUCAAUAUAUUUAGAGGCUUUCUGCCUUUUCGGUAGUGAUCACCGCGCGACGAGCGUAUUAAAGUUAGACUACAUCGAUCCGAUAAGGAAGGAUCGACGAUCCGCGCGAGCGUAUGCAGAGCGCGGUCGCUUGGACAAUUUUUUUCCAAGAGUAAAUCGUAUUCUACUCGAGCGUCUAGAAGUCAUAGGAAGUAUACCGAGAAGAUAAUCGAGCGCGUUUUUACCAAGUAAGUUUACGAGUGUGAGCGUGUACGUUCGAUUGCACCACAAAAUAGAGGAUUGGUUUGUCGCACACGAGCGCACGAUCGAUCAUAAAGUUUUGUCCAUCACCACCCCGUCUGUGAGUGAGCCGACAGAUCCGCAAACCGAUUCGCUGCGUCGUAUGGAGAAAGUGAGCGGCCUAAGGGCACGAGAAAGAUGGCAUACAUACAUUCCGACAGGAGAAAGACGAACGACGGAAAA